AUGACUGUCUGCAGGGUUUCUGUCUUCGUGCUUGUUGGUGUUCUUUUUCUUUGCGGUUGUAUUGAUGGUAGGAAGCUAGUGAGUGAAAAGGAAGUGCAUGCGGUUGGUGAGAGUAAAUCGUUCUUCCCCUAUAUCCCUGGUUAUGGUGGUGGAUUCGGUUGGCCUGGUGCUGGUGGCGGCUUAGGUGGCGGGGGAGGUGGUGGUGGCGGUGGCGGUGGAGGUGGGGGUGGCAAAGGAGGUGCUGGAUAUGGUUUUGGGGGUGGAGUUGGAGGUGGGUUUGGGUCUGGAAAUGGAGGGCUUGGUGGCGGAGGAGGAGGCGGAGGCGGUGGUGGGGGGGGAGGUGCUGGUUCCCAUGGCGGUGGGUUUGGCGGAGGAUAUGGAGGAGGAUUUGGAGGCGGAAGCGGAAUGCCGUGA